UUUAAGAAGAUGACUUCUGCGGUUUUGAAAGCUUAUAAAUCAACUUUCUGAUUAGACAGCGCAGUCUGCAACAGCCAUGUUCUUCACAGAAGCUGAAUGUUUGUUCUGGGUUUUUGUUCUCUGUCUCUCAGGUGUUCAGGGACAAACAAACAGCAUCUGUGCCUUGAAAGGUUCAUCAGUAAAUCUGUCCUGCUCACAUCAACAUCCAACUUCAAGCAUGAACUGGUACAGUGUAUACAGGGGGGGCUUGAAGAUUGAGACCUCUGCAGAUGGAAAGUACAGCAUGUCAGCAGAUAGUAACUUGACUCUGACAGUCAACAAUCUAGCAGAGAAUGAUGCAAACAUUUACUGCUGCAGAGAACCUGCUGACAAAUCAGACUGUGGCCAAAGGGGAAUUUCUCUCAGUGUUGCAGAGCUGCAGGUAAAGGUGAUUCCUGCCACAGAGGGACAGACAGUAACACUGAUGUGCAGCAGCAGCUGUCCUCUGACUGAAAAGCCUGCAGCCUACAUCUGGUACAAGAACAGAGAGUUUCUCUAUGAGGACUGGUCUCCCUGGUACCAAGAGCUGCUCAGCAGUGAGGAAGCAGUCACAUACUCCUGUGCUGUCAAAGGCUACGAGGAUCUCAGAGCCCCUGAAGUCUCUGUGGAUUCCAUCACAUCAACAUGCUUCAAUGUGACUUACACUAAAAGCGAAAUGUGUCCUUAUCAGCAGGGAUCAGAACAUGAGCCUUGUUCCAUCACAUUUCCCAGAGUGGUACAUGUUGUAAGGACACCUGGGAACACACUGACCUGUAGCACCUCAUGUCCUCUGAUCGACCCUCAAACUGUCUAUGUGUGGUAUGAAAAUGGAAAACUUUAUAGGGAAAAUGUAACGAGCAUUUCAACUCCAAGUUCUUUGAAAAACAACUUUUACUGUGUAAUUAAAGGUCACGAGCAUCUUCAAUCUGAUGAAGUCUGUGUUCAGGAUAAAAACUGCUGGAGAGUGAAUUAUGUCAGCAGGAGAAUCUGUGCUCUGGAAGGAUCUUCAGUCAACAUUAUUAGUAAAUACUCACAUCCUGAUGACAUGAAACCGGAGUUUAAAUUAUGGAUUAAAAAAUGGAGAACAGGUGAUAAGGAACUUGAAAAACCGAUUGAGCCUUCAGGUCGUGUGGAGUAUCACGACAACGUGAAGAACCAACACAUCCUGACCAUCAAAAACCUGACGAAGAAUGACUCAGGAGAAUAUACAUUCAUCCUGAAACAACAUGAUAAAGAACUGAAACUGCCUGGAGUCUUUUUGAUUGUCACAGAGCUGAGAGUGAAGAUGAGUCCUUCUGCAGUGGUGACAGAGGGUCAGAGAGUCACACUGACCUGCAGUACCAGCUGUCCUCUGACUGACAACACAAACUACAUUUGGUACUUGAACAGUCGACCUCUGAACAUGACAGAGACACACAACAAACAUCUGAUCCUAGACGCAGUCAGCAGGGAGAAUAUAAGAAAUUAUUCCUGUGGUGUUAAAACCAACAAGGAUAGCACCACAGCUCAAUGGCUACCAGCAGCUGCAGGAGGUUUUGCAGCUCUCCUGUUAAUAAUAAUAAUACUUCUCACUGUGUUCUGCUGCCGGAGAAAAAAGAAGGCUUCCAGUCAUUCUCCAAAGAGUGAAAUAUCAGACAACAAACAGCAGGUCAACCAUAAUCCCAUAUAUGAAAACUUCUCAGCUCACUACAGCAGAAUGCCUGUCAAUACACACCAACAAGCUCAUCUCUAUUCCAGUGAAGGUGAACUUGACUCCAAUCAAGGUGACCUCAACUGCAAUGAAGGUGACCUCUACUCCAGUGAAGGCGAAGUCUAUCCCAAUCAAGCUGAACUCUAUUCCAAUACAGCUGAUCUAUACUCUAACAUCCAAUAUUGAGUCACUGCCUUUUAAACAGAAAAAAUCUCAAAAAAGCACCACAGCUGUUGUGUACAGAGUGUAAAACAAUCACACUCUAAAAUGGCACAUAGAAUACAGUAGAAAUGAGUAAAAAGUAGAAAUGCUUGUGGUUUUCAAUUUAAAGAUGUUUGAUGAUGAAAUGCAUGUGUUGCGUGCAAAGUAUAAGACAAUGUAAAAAUAUUAUUUCUAACUUUGUAUAACAUGCAAACUGUCCUACUUGUGAGCUUUGUGUUGUUGCUUUCUGCGUGGUUUAGAGCUUUCAAACUGAACAGUUAAAACUUUAAGUCAUCAUUUCUUUUUUUUCCUGAACCACAAAUGAACCACUAACGGCUUAACAUAAAUCAAUAACCUUUACAUCUGUGAGUGUGGUUGCAAAGUGCUAAAGUCUGGCACUUUCUAGCCACACCCAGCACCCACAUUCAACCAGAGGCAAAAAAAAGUAGCUUCACAGAAAACUAAAGUCUACAUCUCUACAGCUGUUCAUGCUGCACGUUGAACUUGUGGAACAGUUUUACCACCUCCACAGCUCUCUGCUCAACAAUGACUAUUUAAUGCAUUCAAAUACAACUACAAGGAGCAGAGUUGAUACUUACAGUAAAUCUAAUGAAAUCAUCAUUAUUAUAUGGGAAGUGACUGAAUGUAGUUUAAUAUGUUUUCAUGGUACAACAUAGCAUGCAAGAAUACUAAAGAUUUAAAGAAAGAGGAAGGAUGUUUGGUUUUAGUGUCCAAGCUGCACAACCAGUAAAUGUGAAACAUUCAUGUUAUCUAUCUCAUCCCUCAGUCUGACAAAGAGUACUUCUUAGUUUGAAUGGUGAGUGACUUUGUCUCUUGUGUUUUGUGCACUUACUGUCAUCUUUACACUUAAAG